AUGACGGUGGCGGCUGAAAAUAAUCAUAUUCAUGCCGGAAUAAAUUAUGAAGAGGCAAAACAACUUAUUGACGCCACAAAGACGACGGAUCUAGCUCCUGGGACUUACUGGUAAGUAUUUUUUGCAGUUUUUGUCUUCUGAUUUUAGGGUGGUUAACAUUGGGAGGAAAUACGAAAUUUUGAUGUAUAAAGGUGGAAAUUAGCGAUCGACGUUUUCGCAAGUGAUAUGACAGUCAAUUUGCAUUGUACCGAUAACGAUUUUGAGUUAUUUUGGGAACUUUGAGGCCGUUGAAUUCAAUUAUAUUCACUUAGACAUCAAGACUUUUCCUUCAAAUUAAAAUUUAGUUUUUCUUCUACAUUGAGGUCCAAAUAUUUUUGGUUUGCAGGUAUUUGAUAGACCAACACUGGUGGAGUAAUCUGCAGCAGAAUUAUGAUGUCCUUUCCAAGUCACAGGACCAAUCCCUAAUCGACUUGGGGCCGUUGGAUAACAGCCAAUUACUUGAAAGUGAGUUUGUUGAACAUUUAGUUUUUUACUUAAAAACUUCAUUAUCAAGAUGUGCUAAGCGUAUUUUAAAACUUUCUUCGUUUUCCACCAAAAAGUUUUUUUUUUGUUUAGAAGAGCCCGGGACGGAUAAAGUCCGAUUAAAACAGUCCCUGGUGGAAGAGCUGAACUACUCGUUGGUUCCCGAGCAUGUCUUCGAAGCCAUAAAGAAAAAGUUGGGCUUGAAGAAUGGAGAGGCGGAUGUGAUUAAACGGCCCGUUGUCCAAGGUACCGUUCUUCAGAAGGAUGCUUUUGUUGAAGUUUAUCCACUUCAAUUACAGGUAAUCGUUGAGCUGAUUUUGAUGAAUUUAUGCGUAAAAUACGACGGUUGUCUUUUGGUGCAAUGCCUGGACAUUUUAUACGAUGAAAUAUGUUUGAAUUUUAGUUUGGUAAAAAGUUAUGUUGUAGUAGAGAAAUAGAUAUUAUUUUGCGAUGGCAUGAUAGUGUAGAGAAUUUGGAUCAUAAAUUUUAUGAAUCUACUAGUGCCCGUCUAUUUAACGACAUUUUAUACGAUGAAAUAUGCAAAUUGUCUUUGAGCAGGUUUAAUCGUAUAAAAUGUCGCUUAUGCUAAAUUUAUAAGUGUAAAAUACGUGAUUGGAAAAUAUGUUAUUUUAGGUUGCCAAAUUGAACGCCAAGAACGACAUUAAAAUCCUGAAUGUUUCGUACGCGGACUCGUUUGAGGAGCUGAAGAAAAAGGCCUUCGACCUGCUUCAAAUCCCCGAAGACAAGCGAGCAGAGGCCCAAAUCAAGUUCGAAAAGAACAAGAAUGAUUAUGAGACCAUCAACGAGAAGGUGAGCACCAAUUUGGCGUCGAUUUUACGAAUGGACAUGGUGUUUUAUGUGGAUGACAACUCUGUUCGCGUCACGAGGUCCAGUUCUCGCAUCGAAGGAAUGAAUGGGAGCUUGUCACCGACGAAGAGAUACUCUGGCUAUGCGCCGUGGUGAGGACGACUCUUAAACCCUGAGUUUUUAUCGGAAAAUUUUCAUUUUGUGAAAUUUUUGACAAAAAAUUGGUCGAGUUUUUAUGUGUGGGCGAUAUUGGAGAGUUUUUGGGAUAAAAUUGUAAAAUAGGAAAUGAUAAUGGUUGCUGAAGUUGGAUUGAUUAUUUUCAGCUCAUCCUACUCGACGGAAACCCACACUCCCGGCAUUUGCGGCCUUCAGAACCUGGGCAACACCUGCUUCAUGAACUCGGCCCUGCAGUGUCUGUCGAAUGUCCCGGAGCUGACGGAAUACUUUUUGACGGAUCAAUACCUAAAUGAAAUCAAUUACGAAAACGUCCUCGGCACGCAUGGGAAGCUGGUUCAGGCGUACGCCGAUUUGAUCAAGGAAAUGUGGUCCGGAAGACAUUCGACUGUAAAACCUUAUCAGUUCAAGGUAAGAAAGUUGGAGAUUUGUAUGGGAAAUUGUCGAUUGAGAAGUGAGAAGUUCAGAGAAAGAAUGGGUUUUAUUGUUUUUGACAUUUUGGCCAUUUUAUACGAUGAAAUAUGUUUGAGAAUAUUCUUGGACAUGUUUCAUCGUAUAAAAGUGUGAGGUAGAAAAAAGUAGUUUUGGUGUAAUUUUGGAUUGUUUCCAGUUUGUGGUGUUUUAUUGUUUUUGACGUUGCGGCCAUUUUAUACGAUGAAAUAUGUUUGAGAAUAUUCUUGGACAUGUUUCAUCGUAUAAAAAUGUGAGGUGGAAAAAAGUAGUUGUGGAGUAAUUUGGGGUUGUUUUCAGUGUGUGAUCGGCCAGCACGCGCCUCGUUUCAACGGAUAUGCUCAACAGGAUUCGCAAGAAUUGAUGUCCUUCUUGUUGGAUGGGCUCCAUGAAGACCUCAACCGAAUCGUGAAAAAACCCUAUAUUGAGGAGCGGGAAUCGGACGGACGCCCCGACGGAGUGGUGGCAGAAGAGGCGUGGGCGGAUUAUAAGAAACGAAAUGAUUCUGUGAUUGUUGAUCUGAUGCAUGGACAAAUCAAAUCAACCCUGGUGUGCCCGGUGUGUGACAAGGUCAGCAUCAAGUUCGACCCCAUCCUCUACCUGACUGUCCCAGUCCCGCAGCGAGAAAAGAACGGGAAAAGUUCGGUGGUGGUGUUGAGGCCCAAACAGAGGUGGGCUAAGGUAAGAUUGGGAGAGAUAGUAUGAUGUGUCACACGUCAAAGAAAAAGUGAAAAAAAACAAGGAAUCUCGGAUCAUUGAUUUUUGACGAAAUGUCGCUGAAUUAUCGAGUCACAAAAGAAAAACCUUCACAGAGAGAAAAAAGUAAACUCAAAUUGUUGUAAAAGACCUUGAAAGACGAGUUUUACAUGGUGAAAUUUGAAACCACUAAAGACAAAUUAUCGCAAAAAAAUCCUCGGAUAUCCUACAGUGGACCUGAUCCAGUGGCAAAAAAGUACCAUUUUGCAUCCGGGAAGUAUCAAAAAAUUUGGCAAAAUGCCUCCCUCUCCAAGUGAAAAAUCUCCGCUUUGAAGGUUUCCUCAAAGAAAGAGCAGGCUUUUUUUUGAAAUCGGAGUUUUUUCACUUGGAGAGGGAGGUAUUUUGCUACAUUUUUUGGUACUUCCCGGGUGCAAAAUGGUACGUUUUUUGCCACUGGAUCAGGUCCGCCACUGUAAAAUUUUUUUGAACAAAAGAGCAAGUUAUUGCAUAAAUCUCGGGCGCAGCCUGCCAUUCCCAAAAAUCUCUCAAAUCCGCUACAAGGAUUUUUUGCGAUAAUUUUUCUUUAGUAGUCUCAAAUGGCGUUUUGAUGACAUUUGAUUUAUAAGACUUGUUUGUUUUUUCUCCUGAAAAAUAUCUGUUGACCAAGUGUAACAUGAACUUUUAGUUCACAAUCGCCCACACGAACAAGUCCACCUUUGACCAAUUGAGCACUGCCGUCAAGGAGAACCUCAAAAUCGAUAAAGACACCCGACUGGUCAUUGCGACGGGCGGAUUGACCCCAGCGGCCUACGAGCCGGAACAGCCCAUCCCGGUGAUGACGUCGUAUUACAGCGCCUGUCCUCGCCAAUUCUUUGCCUACUUGUGUCGUCCGGGUCCCCUGAUCAUUGUCGCGAACAUGAUCAUGAACAGCUUCAACAAGAGCUUGACCUCGCCGUUGAUCACCAAUUUUGACUUCAAGCUCACCAGGAGGGAUAUUGUGGAAAAGGUGGGGGUUUUGGAUGGAAAAUGUGGAGUUUGUAGUGGAUAUAAGGAUGGGAAAGAAGCUUUGACAAGCAGUUUAUGAUGUAAUGUGUUUGUUUUGCAGGUACUCCCCCGAAUCUACGAGCACUUUAGCAAAGAACACACGGUCUCCACCUCGUCCAAUGCCCCAGAUGAGUCGAAAUUUGGUGGCGCUGGAGUCCGAUUGGGAAGAUCGGAGGGAUCCAGCGACUCGGGAACUUCGAUGACGGACAGUCUGAACGCCCCACCGGAGCUGAAGGACAUUGCGAUUGAGGUGAACGGAGAUGCGAGCAAAUUCCCAGAUGACCCGGAUGAGGAGAUUGAGCUGCCCAAAACUAUCAGUGUGUUACCGAAAAUUUUGUUGCGAUGGGAACAGAACGACCUGUUUGCACCACUAUCGGUUGCUGAGGUAGGAAGAAUGGGAAUUCCCCGGGGGUUGGGACAUGUUAUACGAUGAAAAGUGCUUUUUAAGUUUGGAUUGUUUUCCAAGGUUUUUGUGGAAUGAAUGAGAAAUCUGGGAAGCUGUGGGAAGUUGAUAGGCUUGAUUUUAUUAUUUAUAUCUUUUAGCGCCAUUUUAUACGAUGAAACCUGCUUAAAGACGGAUUUUGUUUCUUGUGAAUUUUAUCGUAUAAAAUGUCGCCUCGAUUACCGGUGGUGAUGCUUGUUUAUUCUAGACCCUGGUUGACCGAGAACUGAAUAUCCAAGCGCCGCAGAAGGCGGGCAACACCCUGAAUGACUGCUUGGACAUGUUCACGGUCAGGGAACAGCUCGACGAAAACGACUCGUGGUACUGCCCCAAAUGCAAAGAACACCGUCGGGCAUUCAAGAAAUUGGACUUGUGGAAACUGCCCAGGAUCUUGAUUGUGCACUUGAAGCGCUUCAACUACAGUCGAUACAGCCGGGAGAAGACGGACACGGAGAUUAGUAUACCAGUAAAGUAAGUGGGAUUUUGGAGUGUAAAGGUGAUGGAAUGAGAGCAGAAGAGACUUAGCUAUGCAUAAAGAAGUUUUGGGUAAUAUAGUUGUGGAAUGGAGAUGAUAGCUUUUGAUUUUCAGAGGAUUCUGCCCGACUUCUAUCAAUCCCAAGCAGAAACAGGUGAAAUACGAUUUGAUUGGAGUGUGCAACCACAUGGGAGGCCUGGGGUCUGGUCAUUACACCGCCAAAGCCAUCAACAAGUCGUGAGUGUGGAAUUUAGGGAAGAUGUGGGCGUAUUGUACAAGAAAUUUUUAAUGAAAAACGAAUUUUUAAAAAUAAUUUUUGGGUUUUUGGAUUGUUGUUAGAAGGUCGAAAUUGCUCUGAUAAUGGAGGAUAUAGUGGAAGAUUAUGAUUUGUUUGAAAUAUUGACUUUUUAAUUCGUAUUUUAGGACCGGGCGCUGGGCCGAUUUCAACGACUCGUCGGCAUUUUUGUGCGGCGAAGUCAACGACCCGCUGGUGUCGCGGGAGGCCUACUGGAUGGUCUACCGACAGCGAACCGAACCCACACAACCCAAUUCCACCCACCAACGAACGCAUCAACCCCCACAACGAGUCAAACGAAUCACGGAAUCUGAGGCCAUGGAAGAAAGCGACUAA